AUGUCUGCGCAAGUUCCCACCAACUUUGACGCCCAAGAGGCUGACAACCUCGAGGAUAUCGAGAAGCAAUUCGCCGUCAAGGUUGUUCAGCACAUGGAAACCUACUGGAAGAUCCUUGAGAAGGUCAAGGGCUCCACGCUGCGCCUGACCAAGAUCGAUGACGAGAUCUACGAGCACCUGAAGACCGACUUCCCCGAGUUCGACCCCGCCGCGACCAUCAACGAGGACGAGAUGAAGAGCAAGUCCGGCAAGGAACGGUGGCGCAAGUUCAUGAUGGCCUACGAGAAGAAGGUCGACGAUUACAACUUUGGCACCAUGGUCCGCGCCAGCCCCAAGUUCGAAUACGGCCAGAACGAGGUCAUUUUCGCGCCCCGCAUGCAGUUCUACGCCAUCGAGAUUGCGAGAAACCGCAACGGUCUGAACGACUGGAUCUACGAGAAGGCCCAGGCCGCCAAGUCUAGCUAA